AUGUAUUCUCGGAGUUUAUUAGUGCUAGCGGCAGCCCUCGGCGUAGCUGUUGCCCAAGAUUCCUUCAAAUGUCCUGAUGACUUCGGCUUCUAUCCUCACCACAUUUCCUGCGAUAAGUACUGGAAGUGCGACAAUGGUGUCGCUGAACUGAAAACCUGCGGAAACGGACUUGCCUUCGAUGCUAGUGACUCCAAAUACCUGACUGAAAAUUGCGACUAUCUCCACAACGUUGAAUGCGGAGAGAGGACACAGCUCGAGCCACCGAUCGGAACUCCUCACUGCUCUAGACUGUACGGUAUCUUCCCCGAUGAGGCCAAAUGUGACGUCUUCUGGAACUGCUGGAACGGUGAAGCUUCCCGCUACCAGUGCAGCCCUGGACUUGCUUACGACAGAGAAGCCCGUGUGUGCAUGUGGGCUGACCAAGUUCCUGAGUGCAGAAACGAAGAAGUCGCAAAUGGAUUCUCUUGCCCCGCCCCCGGUGAAGUAUCCAACGCUGGAUCUUUCAGUCGUCAUGCCCACCCUGAAGAUUGCCGCAAAUACUACAUCUGCCUUGAGGGAGUAGCCCGUGAAUACGGAUGUCCCAUCGGUACCGUUUUCAAAAUCGGUGAUGCUGAUGGCACUGGUAACUGCGAAGACCCCGAAGAUGUUCCCGGAUGCGAGGACUACUAUGGAGAUUUGGAUCUGAAGGCUAUCCGCAAGAGCGAGCUGCUCGCUGGUCUUCAGAGCAACGGCCAGGCCCACCAGCACAAAUCAAACCUGAAACCUCGUCCCCAAAAAGAAAACUAA